CGGAUUUGGAUUGGAGCGCAUUGAAUGAGAAAUCAAAGUUGAAUCAAUUAUUGAGAAAAAAACAAUGGAUUCCAGAGCCAUUUCCGCUGCCUUUCUUGUAAAUUUUCUCCUCUUCUCCGCGGCUUCUGCUUUCAAUGUCACAAAACUCCUCAGCCAGUUCCCCGAUUUCACCAAUUUCAACGAUUUCCUGACGCAAACAAAACUCGCCGACGAAAUUAACAGCCGCGCAACCAUCACCGUCCUCGCCGUCGACAAUGGCGCAGUUUCUGGUCUCAACGGAAAGCCGAUGGAUCUCGUGAAGCGGAUCUUGAGCGUUCACGUCAUUCUCGAUUACUACGAUGAGAAGAAGCUCAGCCAAUUGUCGAGCGAUAACACAACCGUUCUCACCACUAUGUUUCAGGCCACCGGCGCCGCCACGAAACAGCAAGGUUUCCUCAAAGUCAAGCUGAUUAACGAAGGCGAGGUCGCGUUCGGAUCCGCCGCCGAUGGAGGAACGUUCGAUUCGAAAUUGGUGAAAUCCGUCGCGUCUCAGCCGUACAACAUCUCCGUGCUUCAGAUCAGUUCUCCGAUUCAGGUUCCUGGCAUCGAAUCAACGGCAACCAACUCCACUCCACCAUCACCGCCACCUUCGGCAUCGUCUCCGGCCGGAUCGCCUAAGAAGGCACCGACUCCUUCCGCCGACAGUCCGUCAAAGGCAGAUGCUCCGGCCGCCGAUAAGCCGAAGGCCAAAGCCGACGCUCCGGCGAGCUCUCCACCGAAGGGCGCUGAUAGCGGCGGCGACGCCGAUGCGGCUUCACCAGGACCUAGCGAUUCUUCCGACGCUUCACGCAUUAUCUUCGCCGGAGGUGCGGUGGUAAUGGCCGUGAUCUCGUCGAUGAUGGCUCUCUGAGCUCUCCAAACCAUGGCGGCCACAAUUUGAAUUUGAAGAUUUGGAAUUAUCAAAUUUAUGUACGCGCUCAAUUGCACGAGAAUUGGCGGAAAAAAGGAAAAGAAAAAAAAAUGAAAAAAAUCACUACCUUUCCAAUGAACUAUUAAAAAAAGAAAAAAAAUCAAAUAAUUAACCUCUUUCUGUUUUUUUUUUCCUUAAUAUAUAAUUCAUUGGUCAAGUUGGGGCCAUUCCUA